AUGGAGCCGCUCCCCUCUGUAGAAGAGGGAAAUGGCUCCUCUCCCCCUUCCCCCGUCGCUGCCCAACUCCCGCCAGCCCCGCCAACCAACAAGCAUCCCCCCCCCUCAACACGGUCAGACAGAGCUUCUAAACCCUCCGGUACUUCCCCGGCCGCUUCUAGUCGCCUCCGCAGCGCGUCCCUGAUAUUCCUCGAGUCAAACCCGCCCUCGGGCAUGUGGAUGGCAACUGGAGAUAUUGCUUCUCGCGCUCCAACUCUCAACGAGAUCCGUGCUGGCUGUUUCAGCGCCGAUGGCUGGACGGAGGAAGGCCAGAUCCAACGUUUCAAACUGUCCAGAGCAAAUACCUCUGUGCCGCGCGUUGCCAUUACGAAGUCGAAUGCUCUCCAGGAACAGGAGCAAACGGCUCACUUACGGCGGAGUAAUACGGCUCCUCCAUGGAAUAGCGGCAAUGAUACAAUUACAAUUACAGGAGGAAAAUACAUGAAACAAGGGGACGACUACAUAUCACGUCAAUCCACAGAACGACCACCCACGUUGUCUGUGAAAAGCGCCAUAGAUACUAAAUCCGCGCAAGCAGCCUCCCCUGCCCGCAUCCCCGAUGAAACUGGCACAUAUCCCAACGGCUACCACUUCCCACCAAAACACACAUGGAGCCAAGCCACAAUAAUUGGUCUGAAGGCCUUUGGCCGCUUCGUAAUCACCCCUUUCGGCCUGUUGGUGACAAUCUACGGCCUCAACAUCGUAGCGUGGGGCGCCAUGAUCUUCUUCCUGCUCCUCAACGCAGCGCCCGCACUGUGCAACCCGAGUUGCUCCGCGUCAAACUCGGCGCGCAAAAUCUGGAUCGAAAUCGACUCGCAGAUCCUCAACGCCCUAUUCUGCGUCACGGGCUUCGGCCUCAUCCCUUGGCGCUUCAGGGACUUUUAUUACCUCCUCCAGUGGCGUGCGAUGAACCGCCACGAUGCCCUGCGCAAGCUCGCUGGCGUCCAUAGGAGCUGGUUUAGAUUGCCCGGCAGCGAUCAGCUGCCUGCUAACAUCGGGCCCCCACCCGUUACGUCCCCUUCACACAGGAACAAUAACAGCGGCAGCGACAGCGGCAACGGUAACAACAGCAACGACAAUCACAACAACAACAACAACAACAACAACAACAACACCAACACAGCAGACACCUACACAGAAGAACAACUCGGCCAGUUCCUCCAGAACCCCUCCCUGCCCCUGCCCCUCUCCUCCAUCGCGGCAGCACCUCUAACAGGCGUCCGCGCUCGACCCACAAAGCCAUUCCUCCUCGACAUUGUCGUCUGGAUGUACGUCCUCAACACAGCCCUACAAGCCUGCCUUGCGGGGAUUAUGUGGGGACUUGACAGGUUCACGCGGCCCGGUUGGGCCGUCGGGCUCCUUAUUGCGGCCGGCAGCGUGACUGGGAUGGUUGCUGGUGGGGUUGCGUUUUGGGAGGGGAGGAGGGUGAAGAUGGUUGAGGGGAUCCCUGUUGAGGAAGCGGAUGGGGAGGGGGAGGGGGAGGGGAGAAGGACGGGAGAAAAGGCCGCUGAAGAAGGCUUGGGCUUGGGCUUGGAUAGGAAGAGGACAAAAUCAUGGAGGAAGGCGAAGUGGUAUCGGCGGCUCUGA